CGCGAUCUUAGCCGAUGUGUUUGAUAAGGAAGUGAAAAUUCGGAACCAUUCGUGUGUAACGGUUUAUUACUUAAAGGAUCAAACCAUCGCACAUCUUAUUCAGUGUGGCAGUAGUGGCAAAUAUCAACAUUUUCAAUGGAAGUGUUAUGUUGUGAUAUAUGUCCUGUGUUUGAAAUGAAAAUUUACGAAUAUUAAUGUCGUCUGUUUGUGGAGCUGUGAUCUAAAAAAUCCUUCAUCGAUCAACACAGCUUACUUAGAGCUCUAGUGCUUCAGUGUAUCCUUGUUCAAGUGCUCACCGGAAUCACUGUAGGUUUCAGCGAGUAAUUGAACCCAUCAUCCUAUACUACACUUCAAGUGCAGCUAAUCUGAUGUUAUCUGUUGCUAUGUAUACACGCAAAUCUCUACGACAUAUGUGGCGCAACUGUGCACAACGGAACGGGUUCACGAUCGCAACACCACUGAAAAUACCCGUCAACUGGAGCCGAGUACUGCGCCUUCAAGGAAGCGCACGCAUUAAUGCGGAGGAAGUAUUGCAGGCGGCAGAAGCCGGUAAUCUAGAGGAAUUCAUACGCCUGUAUGAAGGGGACAAUAACCGACUUUCGGUGAAGGAUAGCAAGGGACGCACGGCUGCCCAUCAGGCGGCUGCACGGAAUCGAGUUAACAUCCUUACCUUCAUACACGGCCAAGGCGGAAACUUGAAUGCACAGGACAUGGUUGGAAACACACCGCUUCAUACGGCAGUCGAAAACGAUUCGUUGGAUGCGCUGGAAUUUCUGUUGAAAAUUCCGGUGGCAACGAAUGUGCUGAACGAAAAGAAGCUCGCUCCAGUGCAUCUUGCUACUGAGCAGAACAAAGUGCACGCUCUGCAGGUGAUGGGUAAAUAUCGAGAAGUAAUCGACAUACAGCAGGGCGGCGAACACGGCAGAACGGCCUUGCAUUUGGCGGCCAUUUACGACAACGAAGAGUGUGCUAGAAUAUUGAUAUCCGAGUUUGGAGCGUGUCCAAGGAAACCCUGCAACAACGGAUACUACCCAAUACACGAGGCCGCUAAAAACGCCAGCUCCAAAACGAUGGAGGUCUUCUUCCAGUGGGGUGAAUCGAAGGGUUGUACCAGGGAGGAGAUGAUUUCCUUCUACGACUCGGAAGGCAACGUGCCGCUACAUUCGGCCGUGCACGGGGGCGACAUUAAGGCGGUGGAGCUGUGUCUUAAAUCUGGUGCAAAAAUUUCGACGCAACAGCACGACCUCUCAACGCCGGUUCAUCUGGCGGCUGCCCAAGGGGCGAUCGAGAUAGUGAAGCUCAUGUUUCGUAUGCAACCACUCGAGAAGCGUAUCAGUUUGAACUGCACCGACAUCCAGAAGAUGACUCCGUUACACUGUGCCGCCAUGUUUGACCAUCCGGAAAUUGUCGAGUAUCUGGUGAAGGAGGGUGCCGAUAUCAAUGCGAUGGAUAAGGAGAAGCGCUCACCCUUGCUGCUGUCCUCGUCACGCGGUGGCUGGCGCACCGUGAUGGCCUUGAUUAGGCUGGGCGCAAACAUUAGCCUAAAGGACGCCAACUCCCGGAACGUUCUACAUUUGGUCAUUAUGAACGGUGGGUGUUUGGACGAGUUUGCGAAAGAGGUUUGUCGCACACAGUCCGAGAUUUAUCUGUUGCAGCUGCUGAACGAGAAGGACGACGCCGGUUGUUCGCCGCUGCACUACGCUAGCCGCGAAGGCCACAUACGAUCGCUGGAGAACCUGAUCCGGCUAGGAGCGUGCAUUAAUCUUAAGAACAAUAACAACGAGAGCCCACUGCACUUUGCAGCGCGCUACGGACGAUACAACACCGUACGCCAGCUGCUCGACUCCGAAAAGGGGACGUUUAUCAUCAACGAAAGCGAUGGCGAAGGACUCACCCCGUUGCAUAUUGCGUCGCAGCAGGGUCACACAAGGGUCGUUCAGCUUUUGCUGAAUCGAGGAGCACUGCUACACCGAGACCACAAUGGACGCAAUCCACUUCAUCUGGCUGCAAUGUCUGGUUACAGGCAGACGAUCGAGCUGCUGCAUUCCGUCCAUUCGCACCUGUUGGAUCAGGUCGACAAAGAUGGGAAUACAGCGCUGCAUUUGGCGACGAUGGAGAAUAAACCAAAUGCGGUGAUACUACUGCUAAGUCUUGGCUGUAAACUGCUACACAAUUACAUGGACAUGAGCGCUAUCGAUUAUGCGAUUUAUUACAAGUAUCCCGAAGCGGCCCUGGCUAUGGCAACUCACGAGGAGCGCUCCAGCGAGGUGAUGGCACUCAAAUCGGACAAACAUCCGUGCGUAACGCUCGCACUGAUCGCUUCGAUGCCGCGUGUUUUUGAAGCCGUACAGGACAAUUGCAUCACCAAGGCUAACUGCAAGAAGGACUCGAAAAGCUUCUACAUUCGAUACUCGUUUAGCUGUCUGCAGUGUCCAGCACUGUACGCGCAAAUGGACGCUCGCACCGGAGAAGCCGUCCAGAUAUCGAAACCGAUUCCGCUUCCCGCGUUGAAUGCCAUGGUGGCACACGGUCGUGUGGAGCUGCUGGCCCAUCCCCUCAGUCAAAAGUACUUGCAAAUGAAGUGGAACUCCUACGGCAAAUACUUUCACCUAGCCAACUUGCUGUUCUACAGUGUGUUUUUGUUUUUCGUGACACUGUUCACGUCCCAGCUGAUGCGCAACGCUACUCCUAUCGGACAUACGGAUGGAAAUCACACACAAGCAGCAGGUACACCGGUGGACAGUGGGCAACAUAUACUGGCACUCCGCUCAACAAUAGCCCGUUCGAAGGGAUACAAUUUGGGUACCGUGGCUAAUGUGAGCUCCUCCGUAGCACCACCUACGAUUGAAGAACAGAUGGAAGUCACAACCACGACGCUUGUCUCCGGGAUCGGUAUAAUUAUCUAUAUUGUCGUCAAUGCUUUGCGUGAGCUGGUGCAAGUUUACCAACAAAAGUGGCACUACUUACUCGAGCCGAACAACUUCAUCUCGUGGAUACUGUAUACGUCGGCACUGAUUAUGAUUUGGCCCAUGUUUUCUAGUGGGAUGUGCUUCAGUAUCAACUAUUCGGCGGCUUCGAUAACUGUCUUUCUGUCAUGGUUUAAUUUGCUGUUGUUUCUCCAACGAUUUGACCAGAUUGGUAUAUACGUGGUCAUGUUUCUGGAAAUCCUUCAAACGCUUAUCAAGGUCCUGAUUGUGUUCAGUAUUUUGAUCAUCGCAUUUGGGUUGGCGUUUUACAUUCUGCUGUCGAAGGUGUCUGAGCCUCAAGUGAAUCAUCUGUCCUUCUCAUCGAUUCCUAUGUCACUGGUGCGGACCUUUUCGAUGAUGCUGGGUGAGAUGGAUUUCGUCGGCACGUACGUGCAACCGUACCACGUGGGAGAUCUACCCUUUCCUUUCCCUUCGUUUGUUAUACUCUGUUUGUUCAUGAUCCUUAUGCCGAUUCUGUUGAUGAAUCUGUUGAUCGGUUUGGCGGUCGGUGACAUCGAAUCGGUUCGCCGCAAUGCCCAACUCAAGCGGCUUGCCAUGCAGGUGGUGCUGCACACGGAGCUGGAACGCAAACUGCCCCAGAUGUGGCUCGAGAUGGUUGACAAGAUGGAGCUGAUCGAGUAUCCGAAUGAGAAAAAGUGUAAACUUGGCUUCCUCGAUUCCGUCCUGCGUAAGUGGUUCUGCAAUCCUUUCACGGAUGAUUACAAAGGUGGUAUCGAUUAUGUACUGGAAAACACGGAAGACUACGUAGCGGUUGAGUUGGAGAAGCAGAAACGAAAACUGCGUGACAUUGGUACAGCCCUGGAUGCACAACAUCAAUUGCUUCGGUUGAUCGUACAGAAAAUGGAGAUAAAAACCGAAGCAGAUGACGUCGAUGAAGGUGUCUCGACAAGCGAUCUGAAGGCGUCCAGCGGGCUGUUGACCGGGACUCGAUCAUCGCGCUGGUCAUCGCCGAGAAUACGCAAGAAACUAGGUGCCACCCUCAGCUUCAACAAAUCUAUUGGCAAGUGAACGCAUCUACAGUGAAGUUCAUAGUCAAUUGUUCGCUCAACUGCUGAUGCAUCUUGAGAGCCGAAAUGAAUAUGAACCUAACUGGGCGGUUUUCAUAACCGUUUCAUUUCAAACUAAUCAUAAAAAGAAUACACAGAGCUUGUACGCGCGUGUUUGUGUGUAUGUGUACGCGUGUGUGCGUAUGUAGAUAUGUAACAUUAUCAUUUCAGCAUCCAUGUUUAUGUGUAAUGAAACUGGCAGAAACGAAUUGUAUGCAUAGACCACAAAAUGAUGUAUUUUUAUUGAAGAUACUAUUUUUACCCCUUUUACUACAGUAACGUUUGCACGCGGCACAUUGAUGUUGUUAGUAGAGCUACUAUAUUAUAAAUGUGAUGAAAAUAAAUAAAAACAUGAGUUAGCGCUACAAAUAAUGAAUAGUUGU